CUUCGAGAUCAUCACACUAGCCAAAAAUAACUAUGAAGUUCCUGAUUGUCUUCGUUGCCCUCUUCGCCGUGGCUCUGGCCGCUCCUGCCGAUCCGGAGGCUAAAAUCGUGCGAUCGGAAUCCGACGUUGGACCCGAGAGCUUCAAAUACGACUGGGAGACUAGCGAUGGUCAGGGAGCUCAGGCCCAAGGUGUGCUGAAGAACAUUGGGUCCGAGAAUGAGGCCAUCUCCGUCCAGGGAUCCUACCGCUUCGUGGCCGAUGAUGGUGUCACCUACGAAGUCACCUACAUCGCCGAUGAGAACGGAUUCCAGCCCCAGGGUGCCCAUCUGCCCGUUGCCCCCGAGGCUUAAACCAUCCAAAGUUCUUUGUUAAUAAUGAAAAAGAAUCUAAGUCAUAAAACCUAUACAAAUAAAUAUAAAAUAUAAAAUGAA